UGAUUAGUAGCAGAUGACGAUAUCAAAGAAGGAAAGAGUGUCUAGGUAAUUUUGAGCGAUAAUUUAAUGGUGCACCUAAAAACUUCUUUUGUAGGGACACUAUAACUACAAGACAUGCCCGUCAGCCAAAGAAAUAUUGCACCUAUAUUAAAGUUAUUAAAAACUAAAAUAAUGCGUAAACGUAUUAUCAUAAUAAAUACACACCAAAUCAAGCCGCCACUAGUAUAAAAUGAAAACCAGAACAUUCUUUUUCUUGCUCCAAAAAAAGAACCCAGAACAUGUCAGAAACACCCUCCCUUGAAAAUUAUAGUCUUCCUGCCCCAAACUGCAAAUAAAUAAAGGGGCAUUUAUCUCUUGAAAAUCACUCCUUAGACUUGGGCUAAACAUACCUCUUUCCAAAAAACCUCAGUCCCAAAGUAUGAAAAGAGGACGGAUCCAGCAAUUGAAUUUGAGCUCAAUCUACUCCUGAGAUUCUUCCUGAAAGCAGAACAAGGGACAAAAAUGCAGCAUAAGGACAGUGGAUCAGAGAUCAAUUGUCUCAAGCAAGAACUUGGCAAUUGCCUCGCAAGGAAUGGUGCACUGGAAAAAGAAAAUCAGGAACUACGACAGGAGGUGGCUCGUCUAAAAGGGCAAAUCAGUUCCCUUAGGGCACACGACAAUGAGAGGAAAUCCAUGCUAUGGAAGAAGUUACAGAACUCCACAGACAGCACCAACAAAGAAGCAUCUCCAGAGAAACUGGAAUUUGUCAAAACAAAAGAACAGAGUCCAGAAGUAGAAUAUAUGAGUACAAGGGCAGAUUACCUAGAGUUAGCAGCCACGAAAGAAAGAGCAGCGGCAGUACUGAAACCACCACCGAGGCCAGCUGCUUUUUCCCCUUCCCACAAGGAGGUGAUUGAAACUAAAGCUCCUCCAAAACAAGCACCACUUGCGCCACCAUUGCCUCCAAAGAUGUUAGUUGGAACAAGGUCACUGCGUCGUGUGCCAGACGUUGUGGAGAUGUACCGUUCUCUUACAAGAAGAGAUGCACACAUGGAUAAUAGAACCAAUCCCAUGGUAGCUCCGGCAGCUGCAUUUUCCAAGAACAUGAUUGGAGAGAUUGAGAAUCGCUCCACUUAUCUUUCAGCUAUAAAGUCUGAUGUGGAGAAACAAAAGGAAUUUAUCUGUUUCUUAAUCAAAGAAGUGGAGUCUGCAUCCUUUGGAGACAUAUCUGAUGUGGAGGUAUUUGUGAAAUGGCUAGACAAGGAACUAUCUUCCCUUGUUGAUGAGAGGGCAGUACUUAAGCAUUUUCCACAAUGGCCAGAGCGAAAAGCAGAUGCUGUUCGUGAAGCGGCUUGCAACUUCCGGGACCUGCGGAACCUUGAAGCUGAAGUUUCAUCAUAUGAGGACAACCCCAAGGAAUCUUCAAUUCAGGCUCUAAGAAAUAUGCAAGCAUUGCAAGACAGGUUGGAGAGAAGUGUUAGCAGUACAGAGAGGACACGUGAAACUUUGAGAAAGAGAUACAGCGAUUUCUACAUCCCUUGGGAAUGGAUGUUUGACACGGGGCUGAUCGGUCAGAUGAAAUUAAGUUCGUUGAGGUUAGCAAAGAAAUAUAUGAAAAGGGUAACCAGAGAAUUGCAACUAAAUGAAGGCUCUGCAAAAGAGAAUCUCCUCCUUCAAGGAAUACGAUUUGCCUAUCGAGUACACCAGUUUGCAGGUGGUUUUAAUGCAGAGGCCAUACAAGCAUUUGAAGAGUUCAAGGUGGUCAGUUUAGGUAGUCAUAAAUGAUGCCACGCUGGUCCAAUAUGAUAGGCAUGUUCGAACAAGGAACACUCACUUGCAGCUAGAAAACCACCAGCAUAUUAUGUUCUUGUAAAUUAUCUAGAUUUUUCCAUCUUUUUGAAGGAAAUUCUAGACAGGUGAAAGCUUUCUGAAUUAUGAAAUUUGGGUCUCAAACACCAAAACAAAAA